AUUACAUAUAACGUUUAGGCGAAGUCAAGAAUACCUACACUCGGUGGUUGGGGUUAGUUUUAGGGUUAGAACUUUCGUUACACCGAAAACCAGUCGUGUACAUAUUCAUUACCUCCGCCAACGUUUAUUUGAAAUUAAAAAAAAAUUAAUUAUUUCUUUUAAUUCAUCUCAACAAUAUUUAUGAAAUAUAACUUUCACUUUAUUGCCAAAGAGAAAAUGUAAAAGUAACACAGCUUAUUUAUAAUAACGAUAAAUGUGGUUUACAUAUUUGGGACGGAAAAGAAAAGUUAAGUCAGAAACAAAAUAAACAAUUUAAUCGUGAAUUGAUCUAAAAAACGGAAACGAGUUCGGCUGAAGACUACCUCAUCUCAAUGGAUAUGGAGAUAUUUCAAAUCAAUUAAUUCAAACCAAUAAUUUCAUAUGUGAAGAUGACACAUUGAGAGAAUUUGAAUACCAUUCAGUAGCGAGAAACAUAUAAGUUAGCUGUAGUUAAACACUGCGACUGCGAACACCAGAAGUUUUAUACGCACUCACACACAUAUAUGUAUGUAUCAGAGGACUAUGGAAAGAGCAGCUACAUUAGCCUGUGUACCACACUCGGGCACAGGAAACUUACCAUAACAUUCGCACCCUUCCCUGCAUAGCUCUAGGAUACCACAGUCUCAUCCCAUCCCUACUACGUCUGUUUUCUCGGUAAAACAGAAAAUAGUGGAAGGAGAUAGAAUAAACAUUUCAAAAGCAACCGCUCCAACGCACGUUCACACGUUCACGCACCGCACAGAUAUAUUAUAUACAGCACUGUAUGAAUGAAUUAUAACUAACACACACACACACACAUGUUAUAUCUAUCUAUCUAUCUAUCUAUAUAUAUAUAUAUAACAUACUUGUAAUGAAAUAUUAACAGCGUAAUACAAAUGCUGCGAUAUCUGAUGUAGUAAGGAAGUUAUAAAAGAUAGAGAAAAAAAAAGAAAGAAAAAAUACACCAAUUGCAAGAACCAAUGAAGACGUCAAUGCACCAACAACAGCGUUACAUUAAAGCACAACAACAAAAAUUCCUCGGACAUUUAAUAAACGUGUGAAUGAACGAUAAACAUGUGAACGACGCUUCUGUAGCUGUACACAUUUGCGUUUGUUUAACAAAUCAAAAAGAAACCACAGUUCUAAUCAUUAUCAUUGCUGUCAUUAUCAACACCUUCAUCAUCAUCAUUGUUAUCAUUAGUGUGGACUCUAAGAGUGAAAUGGAAGGAAAAUUGAUCUGUUAUAUGAUUGCUUAUCAAUAACGAAAUGUUGAAAGAAAAUUUUAGAAAAAAUUAUUCAGACAUCUAAGAUCCCACUGAAAUUCUAUAAAACUUCAUAAUAAAAAGAGCAAAGCAGAAAACAGAAAUUUCAUUAUCAAAACUGAAAAUGAAUUUGACAGCCGGUGAAUAUUCGGACAUUUACCAAGGUGGAAUGUAUGAUUACAGUUAUGAUCUUUAUUUCUACGAGGACCUCGAAAAGUUGAGACUUCCUGGAGUGCAAGAAUCUUACUUCUGUUUAACAGUCACAGUUUACAGUUUAACAUUUUUACUCGGAUUACUGGGAAACUCGUUGGUGAUUUUUGCCGUGUGUGGCGAUCGCAAGCCACGUAGUGUAACAUCUUUAUUCAUGGUUAGUCUUGCCGUUGCUGAUUUGAUGUUUAUACUGGUGUGCACACCUUAUGAAUUGGUACGUUAUUUCAAACCGCACGCAGAGGGUGGAGCACCAGUUUGCAAAUUAGCAUCCUUUGUGGAUAUGCUGUCAGCAGUUGCCUCCAUUUUGAACUUGACAUCAAUUAGUGUCGAGAGAUAUAUGGUUAUUGUACACCCAAUGAUUUCACGUUAUUGGUGUACUGCAGGAAAUACAAGAAAAAUCUUGCCAGCCGUCUGGGCAUUGGCUAUUCUGUUGUCGAUGCCAAGUAUAUUUGUUAUGGAUAUUGAAGUUAUAUCAUACCACAACAACGUCACUAGUGUAACGUUUUCACACUGCUACGAUAGCGCUAUCCCAGAAGACAAGCGGCUUGCGUACGCCAUUUAUCAGUUGACUGUGAUGUUUCUGGCACCUACACUAAUCAUGAUCAUCUGCUAUACUUUUGUUAUUUAUGUUCUCUGGCUCAGCUCGAAGCAACUGAAAAGUAUGACAUCAGCGAACUGCGGUUCCAGUAAUACAAUCAGUGAGGAAGUGGAAUCCAAAAGAAUCUGUCUCAACCCUUCCGGUUCAGUGCAUACAUCCAUAAGCCGUUCAUGUCACCAACGUCCCCGCCGCAAUUUUCACACAGUAGAAACGUUAAAAGCAAGAAGACAAGUGAUGAAAAUGUUAAUUACAAUUGUCAUAGGAUUUCUCAUCUGCUGGGGACCACGGUUGAUUCUACGCGUUGUCCAACAGAGCCAGUAUCUUCAUUUUGAACAUGCACCUUUAAUGAAGGUUUCAUUCAGUCUCUUACCAUAUAUCCAGUCAUUCUUAAAUCCAAUUAUAUAUGGAUUUAUGUCGAAAAACUUUCGACGAAGCAUACGUGCAGCAUGUCGAAACUAUGUCUGCAGAAACAGAGAAAGGCAAAUUUGUAUGGGGCACCGGAUUCAUCUUUCUGAUUACGAAAUGGAAUCACGAAGCACGAACGGAACUCUUACUACAAAAAUGUCUUUGCGAACUAUCGAAAGUGUCUCAUCGGACGAUAACUAGAAAAUCUUCUUCUUGUUGUAUUGAUAUUAUCAUUGUUGUUAUCAUUAUUAUUAUUAUUAUUAGUUGUUGUUGUUGUUAUUGAUCAGGAUGAUGAUGAAGCUAUUGAUGUCGUUAUGAGCAAUAUUAUUAUUGUUGUUAUAAUUAUCUUCCGUUGGAAUGUCUUUAAUUCACGACAUAUUUUAUGAUUUGGCCAAAGUAUGAAAGUCAGAACUCACCGUUACACUCUACCCAUUUCACUUGGAGCACUUGUGCACAGUGACAAUUUGAUAUCGCUUCAUUUCACUUAUAUCAUUAAAAAAUCGUAAACAAUGUUCUCACUAUUUUCUAUGUCCCUUCGCCCGAAAUAAUUAUUAUUAAUAAUAAAUCAUUAAUUAUUAUUGAUAUGUAAAUAAGAUUGAUGGAUUGGUACAACCGUUACAUCAUUGACCAUAUUGUUAUUUAAUAAAAACUAUUUUACGUUCUGAGUUCAAAUCCAGCCGAAUCGACUUUGCCUUUCGUUGUUCCGAUGUCUGUAAAUUAGUACCAGUUCGGUACUGAAAUCGAGAUAAUCGAUUGUUCCUCCACUCACCCAUUUUCUUGCUUUACACCCAUGUCGGGUAUCUUUAUUGAUGUUGAUAUAAUUAUUGUUUAUCUGUUUAUGAUAGCACAAUUUUUUCAGUAUCGGAGAGCGUCCGUGUAAAGGCCGUAUUUAGUUACGCUCGUUUAUUUAAAUAGCUCAUAUCCCAUCAACGCCUGCUUCCUUUUUCAUACGUCAGUGAUCGAUUAAAUAUGUACAAACCCAAUACAUAUAUUGAUUUUAUUGGACAUAGCUUCCACCCCCACAAAGUUGUGUCCUUGUGUUUAUAUGUGAGGUCAGCAUUAAAGUUACCACAACAGUUAAUCUUAAAUCCAGUAACGUGCUGCGUAGAAAGGCUGCUACCGAAAUCUGUUACCUACGACGUUAUUCCUGUUCACUAACUGUAAUAUUAAAUAAUAAUAACAAGAGCACUCAGAGAGCCCAAACCCCCGCCAAGGCAACACCAACGUCCUCUCAACGAUUAGCCAGAGAUGAUUUUUAAAAUGAGAAUAUCUGAAAUAAACUCGACUGCUCUCACAAACGAGAACACUAAAAGUGAACCCGACCGCUCUCAAAAAUUAAGUAAAAGACAGGCAAAAUAAUCCAAAAUCCUCGUCUAGUAUCGGAUCGAUGCCAAAACGUAAUCAGUUUGUGCCAGUCACGAGGCUAAACAUCCCUGAAAGUUUCAUCCGAAUCCUUCCAGCGUUUCUUGAGAUAUCUUGUCCACGCAUAAACAAACAAACACGACUGAAACAAUACCUCUACCUUUGCUAAGGCUGAGGUAAUAAUGGUGAAAAUAAUAAUAAUGAAUUGUUGAUUACAUAUCACUUCAAAUUAUGUGAUGGUGUGCCAAAUUAAAAAUCAUUAAUAUUCAUAUCAAAUUUGGUGGUUCUGCAGAAUCUCUUGUGUACAGGACAAAACAUCUUACGGGAAUCGAUAUAAAUCUACUCUAACGCUCACCCAAAUUUCUGACAUCGUAUUUAUGUAAUAUGCGGGUUAAAUCACUUUACAUGGCUCAUAUUUUCCAAGUGAAUUAAAUUAACAAAAGCUGUUGUUUUUGAUUUUUUUUUUUGGGGGGGGGCUGUUCAUCCGUUCCAGCCUUUCGAAUGUUGUGGUGUUUAUUUUAUUUUCCACUACUGUCAAUCCCCAGUCGAAAAGCAAAUGAGGAGCCACGACUUGUUUCAUUUGACCUAUUAGACAUUGCUAACAAAUUUCCCUCAAUUCACACCCUACCGUCUUAAACAGGGAAAGAAAAUUACGUUUUAAAUCAUGUAAAAACAAUGGGUUAGCCUUUGUUCAAAGUUUUACCUCGAUCAGGCUUGAACUAAGGGUAAACAAUAAAGAAAAACUGCACAGUGUAAAGUUUAGCAAUAAGGACACUAAAUCUAGAGAUAUCCAGGGUCGAUAAAUCAAAGUAUCAGUCAAGUAUUGGGGUCGGAGGUCUGAACUAACCCCUUGCCCUUAAAAUUACUGCUUUUGUUUCUAAAGUAGAAAUUUUAAAGUGAUGAGCUGGCAGAAUGGUUAAAGCCCGGGAAAGAAUUGCUUUGCUGAAUUUCUUCCGGAUGUUUAUUAUUGUAUUUAAUAAUUCUUCUUCUUUCUGGUCAUCUCCUUCCUCUAAAUUUCUCUCCCUUUAUCAUCUGUCAAAGGGAACAAAAUAAGUAUUAUCAUUAAUAAAGAAGAUUUGUCAAAUGAAGACAGCCGGCUGCUUUUAAGAAUGUGGAAGACACUUCUGAGUUUUCUCCUGUUUGCAAGAAGGAACAAUAAUAAUAAUAAUACUUACAAAUUUUGCCACAAGGGCAGCCAUUUUGCGGGAAGGGAACUAUUCGAUUACAUUGACCCCAGUGUUUCACUAGAACUUAAUUUAUCGACCCUGAAGGAUGAAAGGCAAAAUCUACCUCGACGGAAUUUGAAAUCAGUACGUAGUGACGGGCGAUGUACCGCUAAGCAUUUCGCCCUGUGUGCUAACGAUUCUGCCAACUCGCCGCCUUAUAGGAACAAUAAUAAUUAUGAUAACGCCUUCUAAAAAAGGCACGAAGCCUGAAAUUUGGUGGUGGGAUGGUAAGUGGAUUUCACAGACCCCAGUGUUUCAUGCAUACUUAAUUUAUCGACCCCGAAAGGAUGAAAAGCAAAGCCUGACUUGGCGGAAUUUGAAUUCAAUAAUAGUAAUAAUAAUAAUAAUUGAUACUGUUUAGAAUCCUUUCGGAAAAACCUUCAUUGCAAUUUCAUAAAAACAGAGAAUCAGGUAACUAUUAAUUUCAGUUCAAAUUUCCUGUCAUCAUUUCUGGAUCGAUAAAAAAAAAAGAUACCAGUUAAUUAAUGAUGUCAGCGUUAUCAACUUACUUUUCCCGUCAAAUUGCCGGUUUUGUGCAUAAAUCAGAAACAAAUGUUUCUUAUUUUUGCAACACCUUAUUUCCUGAUUUCAAAUACUGUUGAAAUCCCUUUGCCCUUCAUUCCUUUGGGAGUUGGUGAAAUAAAGUACUAGUCAAGUACUGAGCAGGCGCAAUGGCCCAGUGGUUAGGGCAGCGGACUCGUUGUCAUAGGAUCGCGGUUUCGAUUCCCAGGUCGGGCGUUGUGAGUGUUUAUUGAGCGAAAACACCUAAAAGCUCCACAAGGCUCCGGCAGGGGAUGGUGGCGAACCCUGCAGUACUCUUUCACCACAACUUUCUCUCACUCUUACUUCCUGUUUCUGUUGUGCCUGUAAUUCAAAGGGUCAGCCUUGUCACACUGUGUCACGCUGAAUAUCCCCGAGAACUACGUUAAGGGUACACGAGUCAGUGGAGUGCUCAGCUACGUGCACGUUAAUUUCACGAGCAGGCUGUUCCGUUGAUCGGAUCAACUGGAACCCUCGACGUCGUAAGCGACAGAGUGCCAACAACAAGUACUGAAUCGAUAUAAUUGACUAAAGACAGCGAGAUGGCAUUAGUUCUGGCAUUUUAUAUCCAGAGUACACAUUCAACCACGGUCAACUUUGCUUUUCAAUUUUCCCUCCGGAAUUGAUAAAAUAAAAUACCAAUGAAAUAUUGGGGUCAAUGUAAUCCCCUAUCCCGCUCAGUUUGUGCCAACAUUUUAAAGAAUUAGAAUUAUUAUUAUUAUUAAGGCAGCGACAUGGAAUAAUCGUUAUCACGCAGGGCAAAAUACUUCGCAGUAUUUUCGUCUUUACGUUCUAAGUUCAAAUCCCACCGAAGUUGACUUUGCUUUUUAUCCUUUCGGGGUUGAUAAAAUGAGUACGAGUGGUGCACUGCGGACGACGUAAUCGACUAUCCCCUCCCCCAAAUUCCAGGCCUCGUGCCUAUAGGACAAAGGAAUUUUAUUAUUAUUAUUAUUAUUAUUAUUAUCAUUAUUAAACGAAGAAGUCGAAAGAAAAAGAUGAACAAAGAAUAUAAGAUUUUUUUCGAUUUUAUUGAUAGAUUUCAGAUGAUUAAAUUAUUUUUCUUUCAAUUAAAUGUGUAGUUACUAUUCAGACGAAACUUUACUUCAUGUUAUGAAAGGGAGCAUUACUCAACAAAAUGUUUUCCUUUUCGAUCACUUUGUUUUGGGGAUUUUUUUUUCAAUAAAAAUCUAGAAUACACGCAUCGAUUGCGAACGAGUGCAGCUUCGUACUGACAUGGGUACCCCUUUGGCUCUUUCCUGACCCAGGUGGAACAUUUUCAGCAUGACAGCUAGAAAGAGCGAGGUAUGCAGCCCAACCCCGUCUGUUCUCAUUACAGCCAACGAGACUGUAGCAACGUGACAUAAAAAGCAAUUUUUUUUCCAGUAGUGAGCAAUGAACCCGUCUUCAAUUAUUCUUCGUUCUUCUUCCUUUACUAUACUUAGCAAUUCAUUGUUGUAAAACCUCGUUGGUUUUCUAUCUUCAUUAAAACUGUCUCGCAUACAAAUUUGAUUGACACCAGAAAACCUCCGUUAUAGCUUACCAGAAGGUUUUUUUUUAAUUUUAUUUUGUCUAUGUUUAUUCAUUUACUUAUUUAUUUAUUGAUAGAUGUCAUUCAUCUUGUUUCAGAAGUUAGGUAAAUUCACUACGACAGAAUCCAUUGCUAGUUAUAGCCAUUAAUUUCACUUAUUAAUAUAUUUUAGAACAGCAUGCUCGUCUCAUCUCCCACUUCGUUGCAUCAAUAAAGCAACUGAUCAGUCGAAAGCUACUUCAGAGCACGAAAUAUAAAGCAGUUGUGUGCGUGUGUAUAUAUAUAUAUAUAUAUAUAUAUAUAUAUAUAUAUAUAUAUAUCAUACUGUUCCUUUCUAAUCUUAUUACAUUGAUUCGUGUAUGUAUUUAUAUAAUUCGUGUAUGAACGUAUUUUGUAUAU